AUGGUAAUCAAACGUAAAGAGAAAAGUAACCUUGCUGAUCUGUGUUGUAAAAUUAGUGCUAUUGUUCUCAUAUUCCUUUUGCCGGAAAUAUUUAGAAAUUUUAAGGAUUCUGAAAAUUUAGUUGGAUUUUGGAUUCCACUUUCCAUUUAUUUAAAUAACAACGGCCAAAUCGAAAAAGUGUUGCAACUGGGCGUAGAGAUUGAACUCUUUUCCCGUACAAAUCCGACAAAAAUUUUAAGCAAAUAUACGAAAAUCGUUGGGUUAAUCCUGUUAAAUGAAGAUAUCGAGGAAUGGAGA